CAUCAACAUCAUAUCUCAAUCGGCUUUUUACUUCAGAACUUUAUCAGCUACUACAAGUCUAUAAUAUCCCAUGGCACCCAGAAGGACUGAUAACCUAGAAAUGGAGAAGAAGCAUUUGAAAGUGAGGGCCAAAGUCAAACAACUGAAAGCCGAGAUGAGAAAGAUAAGGGAAGAUCAACGAUGCAUAAGAGAGGAGCAGAUAAAAUUAACGACAAGGUUCGAAGAGAUAGAGAGGCAAUGUCAUGAGCUGAAACAAGAAGUUCAAAUGAUCGCCAAACAAUCAGCUAUGACUCGACUCAAGAUGGGUGUCAUGUUGGGAAUCUUGAAAGCUCGUGAGGGAGGAGAUUUGGUUCAAGCUGCUACUCUCACUCGCUUCCUUGGACAAAUUGUUGCCAUGGAGAAAGCAAAUGCAAACUUGGCUCAAGUCAAAGAUGAAGAAGAUGAUCCAUAGACAUCAAAUGCAAUGGAGAAUAUUUUCUCAACUCAUAAAUAGUCAUAAAUAGGAGACUGAUGCGCGCAUUCGAAUUCA